UCUUCCCAGAAAAGUUUUUCUCUUUGGAGAACGCAAACAAGUACUUGUUUAGAUCUUUUGAUUCAUCUUCUACUCUUUGGCAACUACGGUCUCUCUGUGGGGAAACCUUUAUAUAUAUUUAUAUUUAUUUAUUUAUAUUGUUGUGUGUGUGAGAGAGUGAGCUAGAGUUUUAGAAGUUUUUCUGGUCAAAGUGAUUUUUGUCACGGUCUCUUUAGAUUUUAGGAUUAGGUUAACGAACAUGAGAUUGUGGUAGUCUUCUAAUAGAAGCAGAGUGUGAGUGUAUCUUGGAAGAUUGUGGAGUGUAGCGGGCUUUAGACGCUAAAGUCCAUUGUUGAACAAAAUGACUAUGGAGUUUGUGGAUUUGGUAAUUUGUGAUAAUACAAGUCUAGAAAGUGAAAUAAAAUUGAAUAGUUUAGUUUUUAGCAGAGCUAAACCUUUUAAUGGUUAAGCAGGGCUUCGUUAUUGUAUGAGGUUGAUGUUUAGGGUUUUGGUAAUUUCCUUUUCUAGUUAAAUUUCGCAAUUGAUAUCGAGAGGGAUUGAAAGAUCCCUUAUCCUUCAAUUUCCUUGUGUUAUCUUUGUUUAAACGAAAUUAUUCUUCGCUAAAAAUUAUAGAUUAAAAUCUCUCCUCAACAUCAACAUUUUUUAUUCCAUUGCUAUUUAUCUCGGGCUUAUUACUAAGUACAUGACUGCAACAACGAACUGCAUUUUUUAAUUGUGCAGUAUAGAUUUGAAUACACAAAUGCAUUAAAAUUUGGGUCAGGUCAAACUUUCUGCCUUGAUCUGCACAAAUGCAGAUAUGGACACUGUUUUCUCAACUUCCUUUAUUUAAGUGAUGAGCAAAUGAUUUUUCCCGGGAUAACUGUCAUAUGUUUUCCAAAGGAAAUUUGACACAAAUAUACUCUGAACAUUUCUAAUUCAUCCAUCAUACCGCUACUUAUAUCAUUUCAAUGUCAACGCCAUGAAGUUGCAAAUACAGAGUAAUCUCUUCCCUUUUCAUUUACUCACUUUUAAGAAAGAGCAAGAUACUGAAUCAUGCAUAUUACGUAAUAAAACUGUUCCUAAUUAGUAACAUGUUUUGGCAAAUCAAUGUAAGGCUUGGAGAAUAUUUUGCUAUUUUUUUGGUCAUGUGGAUCCAAAAUCAAUUAUGGAUUUAAGCAAUGUUAUCAAACCCACGAGUUGACUCGCAAACUCAUGAGUUUAGGAGUUUGGUCACUAUUCAUGAGUUCACUAGUUUGCAAACUCAUUUUCUAAUAGACUCGGAGUAGACUUGCUCAAACUUGGUUGACUCAGUAGACUUUUUAAGAAUAGUUAUGAACAAGUUUGGAAAAUAAUCGAUGAGAGGUGGAAUAAUCAGCUUCAUAGGCCUUUUGCACGCGGCUACAUAUUACCUUAACCCUUACUUGCACUACAAACCUAAUUUUAGAAAUGUUGAUGUGGAGGUAAAAGAAGGGUUGUAUAUUUGCAUGAAAAGAUUGGUCAAAGAUGUUGCAGAAAGGACAAAAAUUAAUUUGCAAGAACUCACGCAAGUCGUUGGAGGGUUAGCGCGAAACCUUGAACGAAACUCAAAAAGGGAGUCAAGUUUCGAUGAACGAGAAUUGAAGGGGGAGGAAGGAGAGCUCAGAAGAAGAAUUGGAGGAUGACAGAAUCGAGCUAGGUGAAACGAAGGGAAUUACCCACUUUUGAAGGUUUGGACCCAAUGGGAUGGGUCGCAAGGGCGGAAUAGUUUUUUGAGAUGCAGCGAGUUGCGGAAAGGGAGAAACUGCAACUAGCCUUUAUCUGUAUGGAAGGCAACGUCAAUUAUUGUUUUAGAUUAUGGAAAACUAAGGUCACAAAUCCUUCUUGGGAGGAUCUAUGAGAAGCAUUAGUUUGGAGGUUUGGAGGAAGAGACAGAGGAACCGUGUUUGAGAAGCUAGCGGCCAUGCAACAAAAGGGCACAGUGGAGGACUAUGUCCAAGAAUUCGAAAUGCUAGUGGCCCAAACGAAAGGGGUGACGGAGGAGCAACUUAUGAGAUAUUUUUUCGCAGGGCUACAAAACGAGAUUCGUAGCUAGAUCAGGCUGCACAAUCCCAAAGAUUUGCUAACAACAAUGGAAGUGGCGUGGGAUGUGGAAGAAGUCAACAAGAACCCAAGAACGAGCAAUGGGUCGACUAACAGAAACAGUCAAUUGUGGGGAAGGUAUCAAGGGGGGACAGGGACAGUUGCAAAGUCUGAUCCAUUCAGGGGAGGACAAAAUAUAAGUAUAAGUACCCAUAGUGACAGGGACAGUUGCAACAAGAACCCAUCGGAGAGUAUAAGUACAGUGAAGGAGGGGAAGGUGGAGCAGUGAUGUCCAAGACAGGAAGUAACUCCUUUGGUGAAACGAGAGGCAAAGGGGUAAGAAACUUACCUUACCCAGAGUACAUCAAAAGGAGGAAGGACGGAAGAUGCUUCCACUGUGGAGGGCUGUAUAGUCCAGGACAUCAAUUUCUUGAGAGGAGUAUGCGGGUGACUAUACUAGAAGACAAGGAAGAGGAGGAAGUGCAGAAAGAAGAGGAAAAAGAGCAAAAGCACAUGGAGCUAUCAUCUUUUUCCUCAGGGGGUCUCACACAACCUAAGACAAUGAAAUUACAAGGAUGGGUCAAUGGAAGGAAGGUGUUAGUGCUGGUAGAUAGUGGAGCCAGCCACAACUUUAUAGUCUAGAAGAUGGUGGCGCCUAGUGGAAGAGACACAACCAUAUAGGGUGUGUCUGUGGGAUGGACAGAGGAAGAAGACGCAUGGCUAUUGUAAUGGAGUGAUGGUGAGCUUGGAUGAAGUAGAGGUGAAGGAAAGGUCUUAUCUGUUUCAACUGGGUGGAGUUGAUCUCAUUUUGGGCGUUGCUUAGCUACCUACCCUAGGAGAAGUCAUGAUUAACUAGGGGACUUUGACAGUGGGGUUCAAGCAAGGAGGAAAAGAGGUAUUCUGUACCUCAAACUCAAAAUGUGAAUGACAUUGUUCCUCCACCUCUUAUCACAUAUCAGCGUUAGAGACAAUCUCAAACUCAGAACACUGAAGAUCCUUAAGACUCAAAUCCUCCUCCAUCAGAUCCCCAGACCAUGGAUCAUUCAUCCUCCUCGCCUUCUCUUGACUCAGAUGAUAAUUUACCCAUUGCCCUUCGGAAAGUAAUUUGAUGGACCAUUGUGGGUUUUAUAUCUAAAUCCAUCAAUUGAAGCAACUGAAGCUUACCAUGACAAACACAUGGCAUGCAAAUGGAGAAGACACAAUGGUUGAUCAAAGAUUGCGAAACAAUGACCGAAGAUUGUGAAAUAGUGGUGUUUGGAGAAAGACACAUGAUGGCCUUAGAAGAUAUGAUGUGGUUGUAUGAGAAGAUGUGAUACGAUUGUUGAUGAAGAUAUGAGUUGCAGAGCAAGAGAUCAUGAACAUGAGAAGGAGAUCUCGAGCAUGAGAGUCGAAUGUCCAAUGAUAAAAACGAGGCAGACUUUUAUGGAUUUUCUGGUGGUGGAUUCGGACAAGGCAAAUGAAACUGAGCGUUGCUGUCUAGAAGAGAGUACAAGUAUAUUUAAAGGAGUUGAAAUCCAAGAGCCUUAUGUGGGCAUGGAAUUUGAUUCCGAAGUAGCUGCUAGAAAAUUUUAUGUUGAUUAUGCCAGACGGGUUGGAUUUGUUGUACGCAUAAUGCAAAGGCGACGUUCUGGAAUUGAUGGGAGGACUCUUGCUCGCCGGCUUGGAUGUAACAAACAAGGAUUCUCACCAAAUACCAAGGGGGCAUUCGGACCAGAGAAAAAGCCAAGACCUAGUGCCCGUGAAGGUUGCAAGGCCACUAUCUUGGUAAAGUUAGAAAAAUCUGGAAAAUGGGUUGUCACCAGAUUUAUAAAGGACCACAACCAUCCUCUAAUUGCUACUGCUAAUGGAUUCGGCACAGUGGGUGAUAAAGAUAAGAAAAUUUCAGAACUUACAAUGGAGGUGGAACACCAAGAUCAACUUUGUCUUGCAUAUCGAGAAAAACUGCUCAGCUUCAUAAAAAAUGUUGAGGAGGAGACACGUGAACUAUCCACAAAAGUUCAACUCGUUGUUGAAAAUGUAAGGAGAGCUGAAUCAGAAUUGAAAAAAUGUUCACAGAACGUAAAGCCUUGGUGCUUAACCUGAUUGUAUAAAUGAGAACGAGUAUAGUAAAUAAUUUCACUA